CACAAAACCUACACUUCCCAGAACUCACAGCGCUGUCGCAUAUUGACGCAUGCGCAUCGCGGCUGUGUUCAGGGCCGGGUAUCAUGGCGACGUACGUGGACAUUCUGAAGAGCGAGUUUCCUGAGAUCGACUCGGAGGUUUUCGAUUAUAUCACAGGUGUUUUGGACAGCGGCGGCGCAGACUUCGAGGAUGGAGAGGAGGUUUACGACGCCAUCGGCGGCGUCCUGCAGGAAGUGUCCGCCGACAGUAAAAACGAGGACGACGUCAGAGACAUCUGUCUCCAGAUGUUCAACACUCUCAAACUGAACAACCAUCAUGGCGCUCAGAAGCAGGUGUUGUUGGACGCUCCCGUUCAGCUCUCUCAGAUCUCUGCAGACACUGUGUCAGCAGCCGUGGACGUUCAGGGUAUCUGGAUGAUGAAACGUCCUCAGAACACAACGGUGGACGCGAAGAAACUGGAGAAGGCCGAGGCGAAGCUGAAAGCUAAACACGAACGCAGGAACGAGAAGGACUCUCAGAAAGCCUCCAGCCCGCUAGUCCUGGAGGAGGCGUCGGCCAGUCAGGCCAGCAGUAAGAAGGACAACCGAGUCGACCAAUCAGGGAAGAACCGCAGCUACGACAUCCGCAUCGAGAACUUUGACGUUUCGUUCGGAGAGAGGUGUCUGCUGCAGGGGGCGGAGCUGUCUCUGGCGUCGGGUCGGCGAUACGGUCUGAUCGGUCGUAAUGGUCUGGGGAAGACGACGCUGUUGAAGAUGUUGGCGAGUCGUAACCUCCGCGUCCCGGCUCACAUCUCCAUCCUCCACGUGGAGCAGGAAGUGGCGGGAGACGAGACGGAGGCGCUGCAGAGCGUCCUGCAGAGCGACACGCUGAGAGAGGAGCUGCUGGAUGAGGAGAGGAGGCUGAACGCUCGCAUCGCCAGAGGAAAUGCUGAUGGGAUGGAGAGUGUUAGACUGUCAGAGAUCUACGGCAAGCUGGAGGAGAUCGAGGCCGACAAAGCCCCGGCCCGAGCCUCCGUCAUCCUGGCUGGUCUCGGAUUCUCUCCCAAAAUGCAACAGCAGGCCACCAAGGAGUUUUCAGGAGGAUGGAGGAUGAGGUUGGCGUUGGCCAGAGCUCUGUUUGCUCGGCCGGACCUGCUGCUGCUGGACGAGCCGACCAACAUGUUGGAUGUCCGAGCCAUCCUGUGGUUAGAGAACUACCUGCAGACGUGGCAGUCCACCAUCUUGGUCGUCUCUCACGACAGAAACUUCCUGAACGCCGUGGUAACGGAUAUAAUCCACCUGCACUCCCAGAGGCUCGACAGUUACCGCGGCGACUACGAAAACUUUAUUAAAACCAAAGAAGACAGACUGAAGAGCCAGCAGAGAGAGUACGACGCCCAGCUGCAGUACAGACAGCACAUACAGGUUUUUAUCGACAGGUUUCGGUACAACGCCAACAGAGCAGCUCAGGUCCAGAGCAAACUCAAACUGCUGGAGAGACUACCUGAGCUGAAGCCCAUUGAAAAAGAAACUGAGGUCACUUUAAGGUUUCCAGAUAACUUUGAGAAGUUGUCUCCUCCCAUCCUGCAGUUAGACGAGGUAGAGUUUUACUACACUCCAGACCAGCGGCUCUUCUCUGGACUCAACCUGUCGGCCGACCUCGAGUCUCGGAUCUGCAUCGUCGGUGAAAACGGAGCCGGUAAAACCACCGUCCUCAAACUGCUGAUGGGAGAGUUGACGCCGGUCAGCGGAGUCAGACAAGCUCACAGGAACCUGAAGAUCGGUUACUUCAGUCAGCAUCAUGUGGAUCAGCUGGACCUGAACGUCUGCUCUGUGGAGCUGCUGCUCAACAAGUUCCCCGGGCGGUCGGAGGAGGAGUACCGCCACCAGCUGGGAGGUUACGGAAUCACCGGAGAACUGGCCACGAGGCCGGUGGCCAGUCUGUCGGGAGGACAGAAGAGCCGGGUCGCCUUCGCACAGAUGACCAUGCCGUGUCCAAACUUCUACAUCCUGGACGAGCCGACCAACCACUUGGACAUGGAGACCAUCGAGGCUCUGGCUAAAGCGCUCAACAAGUUCAGAGAGGGGGUCAUCCUGGUGUCGCACGACGAGCGUCUGAUCCGGUUGGUGUGUAAGGAGCUGUGGGUGUGCGAAGGCGGGAAAGUUGGACGCAUCGACGGCGGCUUCGACGAAUACCGAGACAUCCUGCACGAGCAGUUCAGGAAGGAGGGUUACCUGUGAGGCUCCGCCCACUGCUGACUGACCACGCUGACCACUAGUAACAUAAACCCCGCCCCCUCCAUAAUAACACCUGACACGACAGCCAAUCGGCCGUCACAGCUGACCGGAGGACGUUUUCUUCUCUGAACUGUCUCAUCUCCUGCUGCAGGUGAUGAUCUGCUGCGAGCUGAUUGGUCGUUUCUAUUCACCUGGUGAGGUCACACUGAACUCUGGAGGAGGAGUCGUCGUCAACGACGACUUGGAGUUUAUUUAAAAGUCGAACAUCCGUCUGUCGUCAGUUUAUCGUCACAUUAAACCCGAUUUUGUUUUGUAUGGACCCGGCGGAGGUUUGAUCAGUUUUAAAGGACCUGACCGUCAAAAACAGUAUAUUUCCAUUCAGAGACAGAAACACAAUAAAAACCAUCAGAUCAUGUGUUCAGUUUCUCUUCUUCUGUCCUUUCUUAGAGUCACGUUGCAGAGGUGUGAACUCUUUCCCCGAGGUUAAGAUUAAACAUUAUUAUUUUUAAAAAGUGUCCGUCUUCAACAAACUGAUCUUUACUUUCCCUGGUAACAGAUGUGCUUUGAAUCUAAAACUGACUGCUGCCGUGCUUUAACGUUUUAAGUUGUGUUGCAUUUGGUGAACGCCACAUAAUGAAGUGUCGAGGACUCGAAACAGAGGUCGGGACUCGGACUUGACUCGGGACUUCGUACCCGGGACUUCAGACUUACCUUGCUCUGGACUUUCAGAGCAUCGGGUCUCGUG